UCACCGACACGGCAUACCCCUACCAUGUCAUCGACCAUUCGCGUCUUCGUACAAUGGAAGGAAUCUACUGUGUUUGCAGGGGAGGACAUUGAAUGCACGAUAACAUUCAAGAACGUGGCUGUCCCUCAUGGCCAGGACAGCCCGAAUGCAUCCAAACACAAUAGUCUCGCACCCGGCGGAGAGAGACAGCAACGCAAGAUUCCCCCUGUGCAGUCGUCGACGCGGCCCUCCAUAUCUCGAAACUCGUCCUUUGGAUCUGGCGCACCCCCACCGCAUCUGCGCGGACAUAGGCCUGCCCUUUCGUUGGCAACCCCUUCGAUUGCUAGUGAAAGACGCUCCCCUGGCUUGCCGAACGGGGCCUUACAUAACGGGAAUGGGGAUGGAGCUCCGACUAAUAGACACAAUCACCAAAGGUCAUUGUCUAUCAUAUCUCUAGGUGCCGAAACAGCAACGGAAGCGAGCCAUGAUCGGGCUCCCCCACGACGACCUCGUGGUCAUGCAAGGUCGGCAAGCUUACAGGUCGUACCCGGCAGACCUAGUCAGUUUGGAGUGGUAUCCCCUGGGCAUCGCUCUGCACCACACCACUCUCCCUUAGCUGGCGGUGGAUCUUCAUCUCCCCCAACAAUUUUCGAGCCGUCCAAUCUAUCGGGGCUACCUCCCAGGCAAGGUAGAAGGACUCCAGGCGCCUCCACAGGCCCCAGUACGCCGGCGUUGGGAAACAGUACUCGGAAAUCAUCAAAUUCCUUUUCACAUAGUUUCAAGUUUCCCGCUGCUCCCCCGUCCAAAGAUCCUUCCCCUGAAAGGCCACAAGGGAUGGGCUGUGCGAAUACCCCUACUUCAGAACUGAGAGGUUACUCCCCUAGGCCGCCAGACGGGCCUUCACCGAACCCCAACAUAGAGGUCCUUUCCCCUGUCGCUCGUAUUUUGUCCGGAUCAAGUAUGAACGGCACACCCCGCAGCAGUGGGGAGUUCUAUUCCAUGAGCAACAACUCCAGCGAAACAUUGGCUUCGGAAUAUGUAGGGCAGCCGCCCGCCUCGGCCAGACUACUACCGAGACCAUUUCAUCAGAGAGCAAGUUCACAGCUCGCCGUACCAACACAGCCAAAUCUGCCUGAAACACUAAUGAUGGGGUAUGCCCAAAUAGUUGGUUCGUUCACUCUGGAUGGCUCGUUGAUAAAUCAGGCUCCCUUUGAAGAGGUGAAGAGAAAGGGCGUAGUCGGCGGUCAAGGAGGCGGUGGUGUCGUUGGAGUGGAACGGAAAACCCGGGACAGUGGCCUGUUUGGCGCCUUAGGGUGGGGAAACCUUGGUGAAUCCAUAGGAGGACUGCUUCGCACUUCAGAGCCAUCGAGCAUACGAGAAAUGCGAGGGAUUGCAAGCUCGAAGACUGUCCCACUCAUCACAACACCGCAAUCCAUCUUGUUCGUGGAUCUGAAGCUGUCCCCAGGUGAAAGCCGUAGCUAUAGCUACAGCUUCACACUUCCCAAGGGGCUGCCUCCUACUCAUAAGGGCCGAUCCAUUAAGGUUUCCUAUCACCUUUCGAUUGGUACGCAGCGGCCGGGGUCAGCACGAAAUCAGUCAGUACGGCAAGUAGAAAUCCCUUUCCGAGUCUUCGGCAGUGUCAACACUCGAGGGGAGAUCCUCGGCCAUGAUCUAAUGUCCCCAUACAUCAUCCUCCGUGACCAGGCUCGGACAUCUAGUAUACCGUCCCCAAGCGAGAUCAACGGCGUGAACAAAAAAUCGCGAAUUGGCCGCAAGGUGGAAGAAUCAACCUUUAACGAUUUUCUCGAAUACGUGGACAACCUCCUCGAACGACCCCGUCAAAACUCUAGCAUGGGCCUCCUCUCCCCCACAGGAACCACCCCAGGGCGCCCUUCGAUCGCUGAAGCGCCCCAAUCCAUGAAAGAAGCCAUUGACCUCGCAAUCCUACGAAGCAACUUAUUCGGCGCUGCUAACCAGAGUGCCAAUCGCUUUGAAAUUGCGCGCAGCGGCAGAAGAGUCGCCGUCAUCAUGCUUGCGCGGCCCGCAUACCGUCUCGGAGAAACAAUCUCCUUGAUGAUUGAUUUUACCGAGACAGCCAUACCCACCUACUUUGUGCACGUCUCACUGGAAACAUCUGAAAAGGUCGAUCCCGCAAUAGCACUGCGGUCGAACGCAUCCAUCUACCGCGUCACGCGUAAAGUCCACGCUUCAUUCUCCGAAAACGCCCUCUUUGCGCAAAGGCUCUCCUUCUCCCCCACCAUCCCACCGAACAGCACCCCGGAAUUCAUUACCAGUGGUGUGAGCCUGGAGUGGAGGUUACGUAUCGAAUUUAUCACACCUAGACUCGUGCAUCACGAAGACGGACUGGAGGUCUACAACGACGAUUUAUUGGAGGAGGUCACGAGUGAUGACCGGGGAGUAAUACUUGCUGCGGCGGAGAGAUUACACGCGGAGAGCUUCGAAGUUCAAGUUCCCGUCCGGGUUUACGGGGCUGUGACCGGGGCGCCGGAAGCUCCUGAUGAGGAGGGCUUGCCGGUUUGA